CCAAUUCGAUCCAUUCCACAAUUGGACCUGCAAAAACACCCAAAUUAGCUCCAAAAUCCACAAUCCAUAUAUAUACAGAGAGAGAGAGAUAUAUCUCACGCACAUUUUAGACAGAUGAAGAUGGUGGUUCACCACCCGAUCGAGGUGGCGAAGACGGUGUUGGAGGUGGCGGAUGUUGCUUGGACCGCCGUGGAACGUUCCCACCACCAUCACGACAAGCACGCGGGCGCGGCGGCUGCUCCUCCAUCGUCGGAGGAAGAAUUGGAGUCUCUAAGAUCCGAGAAUAGCCGCCUGAGGGACUUGCUCAAACAGAACCUCAGUCUCCUUCAAAAUCUCUCCGAAUCUCCUUGUUUAUUAGAAGAUUGCCCUCCCGAUCUAUAUGAUCGUCUCGUGGACACUCUGGAUUCUGAAAAGUUCUUGACUCAGAUUAAAUCCCUCCAUCAUGAAUAUGUCGGUGGAACUGACCCCAAAUUUCCUUUCAAGGAGUCCUCAGGAGCGGAUUUACAGUCAGCUGAAAUACUAAUUAAUGUUUCCCUUGGAGAACCAAGUUGGUGGGUUUGGGUCACUGAUGAAAUGUUUCCUAGUGAUGUUGAAGAACAGAGUGGAAUUGACAAUGAAAGUUAUGUAGUUAUUAGCGAGGAACAUGUUGUUGAUGGGGUUGCCAACUUUAUGGCUAGAUGCAUUCUCUCAAACCCAAAAACUCUGUUGCAGAGUAUGUCACCUGAGGAGUUGCAGAAAACUCUGACCAAAGCAUUGGGCGGCAUGAACAAGUUUGAGAAGAUGUUACAUAUUUGGCAUGCUGGGACUAUGUUUUGUACCUUGGCCACCUGGGGACUUGCUCUAGCAGGGUUGUACAACACCCGUGCCAUACUGAAACUUGCUACGGUGGGAGUUCAUACGACCAGCAAAGUUGUUAUGAAGGCUCUCUGAAGAUGGUUUCCUUGUUCUCGACAAUAUGAAUGUGCCAAACCCUGUAAAUGCUUGUGACUUCUCGAUGUCUCUACGUGAUGGACCCGUGAAACUUUACGUUUAGUCGGAAGUCUAGUCUGCAUAGACUUGUAAAUAAUUGUAAAAUAUGUUGGCAUUGUAUCUGCACAAUUUGCAGAAUUUGUUUGGAUUGUUUGUUGUUGACCCUACUUUCAAAAUUUAUAAUUGCAUUAUUUUAUAUCCCCAUGCUC